CCGGAGUUUUCGGAUGAUCGUUCGGCUGGAAGUUGCCGCAUCUCCGGACUUUCCAGGGGGGUUUUUCGGUAUACCGACACAUAAUACGGGGAAUCCCCCGGUUAUCUAUACGUAUUCCGUAUACUCGAUUACGCUAUCUCGAAUUCUGUAGCUCGCGCUCUGAACGGCGCUCUAAAAAUAAAGUAGGUAAUUGAAAAAUUCAGCCACCCUGGCGGAAUUAACGAGGCUCGUCUGCAAAAGGAGUGGCGGCGGUGCAACAUAUGCGUAGGCGGUGCAUGCGCGCGCGCGCGCGCGGGGGUCUAUUGAUCCCUCCGGUUGCGCGCGCCACGGCCCUUCAUUCCUCGAAGUAUAAUACUCGGCGCUUCGUGUCUUCGAGCAUUACUCUAGUGUCCUGUAAGAGCCGUCAGCGUGAGGUGUGCAUCUAAAUAUCAGAAUAUGGCGUAUCAGAGGAUGUCCUUCCUCGGAGCUUCCUGUCUGCUGCUCGUGGUUAUCGGGCCGUUGAUGCGAGGCUCGGCUCUCGUCCUGCCGACCCUGACGACGACGACGACGACGACGACGACGACGACCACGACGACGGAAAGUCCACAAAGUGCGGAUACUGACGAACCUUAUACCACCAAGCGCAACGCCAAUGUGUUUUUCGAUGGGCUGCCGAAAGUUACACCGUUUCCCCUCCCGGUGGUGAACAACGAGAUAAAGCCGACAGCCAGUGCAACGGCGACGUUGGCGACGGCCAAAGCGAAGGGCACACUAGCCCCCACGACGACGGUCAAGACUACCAUAGCACCGAGAGGGGGUAGUUCCGAGAUGCCUCUGUAUCGACUCAACGGCAGCAACGGACAAGCUUGCAUACUGCUGCAGGUCGACGCGCUUAUCACCGUCAAGUACAAGGAUAAGCUCGGAGAGGAACAGGAGGCUGAUAUUUACGUCCCGGAUGAAGCGACGGUGACCGGCAACUGCGACAACGAAAAUUUCGUCAUUAUGUCCUUGAAGUGGAACGCCUUCGUGCUGUCGUGGAGCUUCGCCAAGACACCCGGUGGCGAGCGAUGGUACGUCGAUAAGAUCGAGCUGACUUACAACUCGAGCGAUCGACACUUCGAGCAUAUCGAUCAGCCCAAUAGAACAAUAAGAUUGAGCACAGCAGCCAAGCACAGCUCGAUGCUGUUCCCGACCCCCGUGGGAAAGUCGUACGCCUGCGACGACGAGCAGGAGAUUCUGCUUACCGACGGCAAGAAUCAUGCCAGUGUGCUCCUGAGAAACAUGAAGCUGCAGCCGUUCAAGUUCAAGAACAACGACUUCGCGAUGGAGUUCUCGUGCACGGCCCUGAGCGCACGCGCGGGUCGGGACGAAACCGCGCCGGUAGCCGUGGGCUCGACCCUCGCCGCAGCCGUCCUCCUCACCAUCACCGGUUACGCCGCUUGGCGCUACUUCAAGGUCAAGAAGGUCAAGUACGACACCAUGGAGUAAUUUGAAUUUUGAAUUUCCCGCGCGAGGGAAAAUUCAUUAUGUGUUAUACCAGAGACGUAGCCGCACGUAUGCGCCCCUUUCGUUGUCCUUUAGAUUAUACAUCACCUACGGUCGAUCCGCACGUUUUUUAAGUCAAUGAAAAAAAAGAAAAGAAUAUCCGAGUUUAUGGUAUGUUUUGUAUUUAGGGCGCGUUAUACGCUACGAUCUAUACAGUGUAUACGUGCGUGUGAUCGUUUUGUCUGAAAGAAAUCUAUUGCAUAUAUUAUAUCGAAAUUGUUUAUUCGUGUCGUUUUUCAUUAUUAUAUAGUAUACACGACGUUGAUAGGUAUAUUACAUUAUAGCCGCAUCGUUAUCACGCGUAACGAGAAAAUAACAAUAUAUUAUAUGCAUGUCACGACGCAUCGAGAACGAUAUCCCAUUAUAUUCGAUAUAGACGACACUCUCAGCUCUCUUCAAUUAUAUUAAUUAAGAAAUAAUGAAUAUAAAAUAUACACGAAGAAAAUUAAUAAUAAAAUAAGGAUAAUAACAAAUUUUAAAAAUGUACGUUCGAGAAACGGAAAAUCGCAAACUCUGAAGGUUGUAUGUAUAGCGAAAUGAAAUUGCAGGCAAUAUCUUAAAAAGCCUUUCAAUUUUUCAAAGUCAAUGUUACAUAAAAUUGCAGUCGUUCGCGCGUACGCAUCUCAUCGAUUCCUCCAUCUGUCCGAUAGCACUUGCUGUUGUUUCUAUGCAUAUCGUUUACAUUCGUUUGUCGAAUUUUCCCCGUAAUUAUACUCUACUCGUUAUUAUUAUUAUAUAAUUGAUAGAUCUAUCGUAUACUGUACUUCUAGUCCGUAACUUUACAUUGUACGAGGGUUUGUAAUUCUAGUCGAUUUAAUAACACACACACACACACACACAUAUAUAGCCAGCGCUGAUUUCGCGUUAUGUGCUCGAUGAUGAGAGAAAACUGCAUAUUCGAGAUAGCGUUUUUACUAGUCGUUUCGAAAGAUUGACGCUUUGAAGCUUCCGAUUAAUCGUUUGAGCAAUUGUUCUUGAAUUGAUGAUACUUACUCUUAUAAAAGGAGAGGAUUUGUUUAAUUAAUUUAGAAAAAAGGGGGGAUUACAGACACGUGAAAAAUGAGUUAUAUGAUUAAGUGACUUAGCUCGUAUACAUGAACGUUGUAUAAAAGAAAAAUACAACAAGUGCAAUGGGUAUACUUGUACAUAAGAUGAGUAGCUUAUAUCCUACGCAUUUAUGUACUUAUCUUAUAAUAUUAUACUGAUGUGGCAAAAAAAAAAAAAAAAAAAAAA